GUUCCGGACUUGGUCGGAAGAAGGGGAUGGGACAAGAAGGCGAUUGGGUAAAAGGGAGAAGAACUUGCGUUCUGGUCCCCUCUGAUUGGAGCUUACUUCGGGGAAAACGUAGUGUUACCAUAGCUACGCUGGCGUAUUGGGUCUUUCCUUCUAUUGAUAUUGAGAUAGGGAUAGAAAAUGUAGAGACAACCAUUUUAUUGGACUUUGAGAGGGAAUUAAGUUUUCCCAUCUACUUAGCGAGAGGUGAUUUGACUAUCAAAUAUUAAAGAUGAAUUCUAUGCAAGCGUUCGCUAGUCCCGCCUCCUUCGUAGUAUACCUCGUCGUGAUUGCACUGAUGGAGCCCGGAGAGGCUGAAGCAGGGAUUGCCAUGGCAACGCGUGCUUUUCCCGACGCCUCGCCGCCCAAAUAGCCGAAAUGGGGCCGGAGAGCCUCCAGCCGCCCAAGCCACAUAAGGCAAAAAUAUGUAUGUGGAAAUAUUUAGAUGUUCAUUCCAUGGACCUCAUUAAUAAUGCUGGAACAACUGAUGAACUGAAAAGGCUCCUCUCUGACCUCUUUGAUCUGAAGGAUUUUGAAUCAAAUCCUCGCUCUGCUAUCUUGUUAGAUUUGUACUUCUACACCAUCCAGUUCAGCCGGGAGCAGGGCUUCAACCGGGAACAAACCUCUGCUUUCUUCUCAAUUGUGAGGGAUGUGCACGAGGCCUGUGUGGAAACACCACUGCCCAAUGUGGAGGAAUGCUAUAAAUAUUUCUCCGAACUGAUGUUCUGCCACUCCAUUCGGAGACCCCCCUUCAGCAUCGAUCUCUUCAAUCAGGACCAGCUGGUGCUCCUAAGCGACUACAUGAUUAACACUUACUUCCGUCACUACAAACUUUACAAAUAUGCUUUCACCCCACAGGUGCGGCUGGACAUCUCAUUCACUUAUGUUGGGAUGCCUGAACCGGAACUCAAAGGGGAAGAAGCUAUGGUUGAGGGUACAGAAACAGGACUGUCUCCUUUGCAAGAGGAAUUGGAGGAAGCUGGGGCCCCUGCAGAAAGUCCCACGGCUGCCCUGAGGGACUUCAUCGUCUCACAACUCAACCAGGAGUUAACCCAGCUGCGCCUUUCCAUCGAUCAGCGUUUAAAAGUCACAGAGGACCAGUUUAACGCCAAGCUGAUCCAGCUAGAGAAAGGUUCUGCUGCCAGCAAGGGGGUUGCCAAGGGCAAGAAGAAGUAAGCAGACGAGAAAGGUUGGAGUGCAAGAGGCCCAUUUCCUGUCCCAGGGUUGUUUCUUCAUUUCCGGUACUUCUGCAGAAAGGGGUCCCCGAAAGAGCAAGAGAACAUGCAGAAAAUGGCAGUUAAACUAUGGGGAGCAGAUGGAUUUCUAAAAGGCUUUUGAAAAUGUGAUAAGGUUUACAGAAAAUCUCUUCCAAGAUGGUAAGGUCAUAUAUUCAUAGCAGGAAUUGUUGCAUAAAGCAGAUAAUGUUAUGAUAUUAAAGUGUG